AUGUUGUCCUUCGGCCUCGUCUCCUGCGGCUUCUCCGCAACCCCGCUCGUCUGCGAGGACGAUCAGACCCCCUGGGUGAACAACAUUUGCCUCUGGCACGGACUGCGCGACGACAACCCGGACCUUGAGGGCGGCAAGGGACCGAUCGAGGACGCUUUGCAUCAAAUCGACUGUGGCGAGGAGAGUGCCUUUGGACCCAAUGUUCAAUCCGGCGCGGACGUUACGGUGGGGUCGUCUGGCCUGCUUGACGCAACCCUCUCUCCCGUUGAAACGCAUUUCAACGAGGCGGGUAUGUGCGUCGUCAACGUGCACUGGCACCUCGGCGCCGAGCACAAGAACGUUGGCACGUAUGACAUUGACGGCGAGGAGUGGAUGGAGCAGCACGGAAAGACGAAGCCGAAGGCCCACGGCGCGAAUGUCGUGCCAGGCCACGGCUACGGCUACGGCAAUGUCAAAGGUGCCGUCCCCCUCGGCGAGCACGACGAUAUCGACCCAGGCAACUUUUGCCCAGGCUACGACGAGGCGUUGCUCCUCCGUAGCCCUGCCUGUGCCCAACUGCGCACUGCCCAACUGCACGUGGGCUUCACCUACGAAAUCCACUGGCCCCACUCCUCGCUGGGCGCCUGCGGCACCCCCUGGCAGAUGCAGUCGCACUUCAUGGACGGCGUGCUCUGCAAGGCCAACGAAGCCGACAUGGACCCUGGAGACGCUGUGGCGGCCGUCCUUGACGGUACGGCCAAGAUUGGUGUCCAAGGGAUGGUCGUUAUGGUGGUCAAUGACGCCGCAUAUGACUACCCGGAGUGGAAUAUGAUGGAGGGCUGGCAUCCGGACCUCGUGACUGACGUGGCCAUCUACCAGGCUCUUUCCGCUCCCUUCUGA